UGCACGGACGGGGCGGACGCGGGACGCGGCACGCGGCGGGAGCGGAGCUGUACCGGGAUGGGCUGCGCGGCGCUGCUCUGGGGAACCAUCCUGCUUGCCUGCAGCUGCGGCCCGGGACCCCCCAGCGCCCGUGCCGCUCCGCUCUUGGCGGCCACCUACGUGCUGGACGAUACCAACGGGCUGGGCAGGGAGUUCGAUGGGAUCGGGGCUGUCAGCGGCGGCGGGGCCACAUCUAGACUCCUAGUGAACUACCAAGAACCUUAUCGGUCCCAGAUUUUAGAUUACCUGUUCAAGCCCAAUUUUGGUGCUUCUUUACAUAUUCUCAAGGUAGAGAUUGGAGGUGAUGCACAGUCAACAGAUGGUACUGAACCCUCCCAUAUGCACUAUGAAAAUGAUGAGAACUACUUCCGGGGCUAUGAAUGGUGGCUGAUGAAAGAAGCUAAAAAGAGGAACCCCGAAAUUAAACUGAUUGGAUUACCUUGGGCAUUUCCAGGAUGGAUAGGGAGGGGUGAAAAUUGGCCCUAUGACUAUCCAGAUAUCACUGCUUAUUAUAUUGUUUCUUGGAUAUUGGGAGCAAAACAGUAUCAUGAUUUGGACAUUGAUUAUAUUGGGAUAUGGAAUGAAAGGGCAUUUAGUAGCAAAUACAUUAAGCUGUUGAGGUACACAAUGGAUAAGCAUGGUCUGGAGCAGGUGAGGAUCAUAGCCAGCGAUAGACUGUGGGAGCCCAUUUCCUUUGUCAUGAUGAUUGACUCUGAGCUCCACGGAGUGGUCGAUGUGAUUGGGGCUCACUAUCCCGGGACAAAAACAGUGCCAAAUGCUGUGUUAACUGGGAAGAAGCUGUGGUCGUCAGAAGAUUACAGUACUUUCAAUAAUGAUGUUGGUGCAGGCUGCUGGGCUCGCAUCCUCAACCAAAACUACGUGAACGGAAACAUGACCUCAACAAUUGCGUGGAACCUGGUGGCCAGUUAUUAUGAGGAGUUGCCCUUUGGUCGAUGUGGGUUAAUGACAGCACAGGAGCCAUGGAGUGGCCACUAUAAAGUUGAAUCUCCUAUCUGGAUUACAGCACACACCACACAAUUUACUCAGCCCGGCUGGUCAUACUUGCAAGUGGAUGGACACCUAGAAGGAGGUGGCAGUUUUGUAGCUCUGACAGAUGGCCUAGGGAACCUUACCAUCAUCAUUGAAACUAUGAGUCAUAAUCACUCGAAAUGUAUCAGGCCUCCAUUGCCAAAUUUCAGUGUCACACCUCAGAGAGCAACUUUCUACCUUGGAGGGUCAUUUUAUAUGGUGGAAACCCUUCAAGUGUGGCAUUCUAGACUUGAUUUUGAAUCUGGAAACUCCAGUCUUUUCCAGCAACUCCAUCCUGUAAACGUAUGGAGAGGAAGCGUUUCUUUGGAUCUAGAUGUGGAUGAAGUCUACACUUUAACCACACUCAAGACAGGACGGAAAUGUGUUUUCCCAGAGCCGCCUCCUCCUCAGCCCUUUCCUUCAAAUUACAAAGAUGAUUUCAAUAUACGUAAUCCACCUUUCAGUGAAGCCCCAAAUUUUGCAGAUCAGACAGGUGUGUUUGAAUACUUUGUAAAUGCUUCUGACCCAGGAGAUCAUGUGUUCACGCUCCGCCAGGUGGUGGUUCAGCGACCCAUCACUUGGGUUUCUGAUGCAGACCAGACCAUCAGUGUCAUAGGAAAUUUUAAGUGGGUAAACAUGACAGUCACUUGUGACAUCUACAUAGAAAAACCUCGUGAUGGAGGCGUGUUUAUUGCAGGAAGAGUUGACAAUGGGGGGAUAUAUGUGCGACGUACCAAAGGAGUUUUCUUCUGGGUUUUUGCAGAUGGCACCUACAGAGUCACUGGGGAUCUAGCUGGACAAAAAGUAUUAAUGAAAGGACUUGCUGGUGUCCGGGAUAAUGCAUGGCACACACUUACUCUCAACAUUCAGGGCGACUCUGCCUCAGGACUGUUAAAUGGUUAUCCUCUCUGGGAGAAUGUCACCAUUUCUAGCCCGGGGAACGGCUGGGCUGCUCUCGGAACUCGCUCGUUUGAGUUGGCACAGUUCGACAACUUCCACGUCGAAGCUUGCUGAGGUGGCUUUGGCGUUUGGAGAACCUGGUUCUCAUGUUACUUUGAGUAAGAGCCAAGUCAAACUUGGAGGAGAGCUGAGUGCUAAACUGUGAUUGAUCUCUUGGCAAAGAGUCUGGAUUCGGUCCGUGUUAUUAGUUAAAGGUUUACUUGAGUAGAUAUCAACAUGAUUGUAGCUUUAUCGUCCCCUGUUGCUGUGGGAUUUUUGCCCUUCAGUUUUGGGGGAUAAAUUUUAGUUCAGGGUAAUGAUGAAAACAAAUUCUUGGAUUUAAAUAUCUUUUAAUAACAACUUACCAGCUCACUUCUAAGAUAACUUAAGAAGUUAACAGAAGACAGAUGCGUGUUAAGCUGUGUUUUUUAACACUUCCACUAUUAUGUCCAUUGCUUUCACUGUGAAAGAAAGAAUUAAAUGCCAGUAAGCCUUAUGAGCCAGUGGGCCUCAUACUUUUGUAGGUCUAUCAUUCUCAAAUUUCAUGUGGAUAAAGUACCUAGAUUUCCUAUCAUAAAAAAAAGAUGUUUUGUCUGUUUUUUUGCUACAGUCUGUGACUAGACAUUACAGUACUCCAAGUGCAUUUGAUUACUUCUUUCAACUUUUGUUGCCAGCCCUAAAAUAUAUCCUAUUUUCAGUGGAAGGGAAAUGUGCCUUAUGACUGAUCAGGGAGUGCAGGAUGUGGCUUAUUUCUAAUCUACCUCCUCUUUCCACUGAAAGGGUUGAAAUGGAUGAAAGGAUACCAUAACUUAGUUUGUUGAUGAUAAUAUUGUAGGGGUUUUUGCAUAGUGCAAAGAGUAAAAACAUUGCAUCAUGGCUGUUUUCAUCUCAGGUCACAUGUGGAAACUGGCCUUUUGUUCCUAGAAACUUGGGCAAACAUCUUUCUCUUUUGAUCGAUUUAGAGCUUUGAAUAGAAAAUAAUUAAAUCUUAACAAUGAUAUUCAGUUUAUUAUAUUACUGUGACAGAGGAGAUAUGAAUAGUAUCACUUCCUGGUAUAAAAGAAAUUAAAAAAAAAAUCAGUCUUUGCCUUUAAGAGUUCGCAGUCCAAUCAUAGGGUAAUUGACAGUAGGUGGACACAGAGGGAAUUGUUUAGUGUGCCAAGCAGUGGUCUAUGACACAAGAAUGUCUGUUUUUAAACUUUUCCUAGCUAUCGUGGAGUGAAGUUCAGAGGGUAAUUCAGAUCCUUGGGAAUGGAGAACAAUUAAUUGAGAAUAUGAGGUACUGAAUGGGUUUUUCCUCACACACAUUUACAGUUCAACUGGCUCCAGAAUUUUUCUUGUUUGUUAUUGGUCAGUUUGAAUGAAGAUGGUGUCUAUUCCCAUGAUGAAACCUGCCUCCUGUGUCCAUCUACUUUUCUCAUUCACAUCCUGUUUAAUUGACAAGCAAAUUGUUCCACAUACUUGAUAGGGCUCUAGUAGCUAUAUGAGCAGGCAACAUCUGGAGAAAAAGAUUUGCAGUGUACUUUGAUUUAUAAAGAUUAUUCUUCUGAUCCCCUUUAUUUUGAAGGCUGAUUCCAGUAAUUGUUAACUUCAGUCUUUGAAGUUGUUAUCUAAUAUGAAGUUAAUGUUAUACAGAUAAUUCCUGGAAAAUUUUUAUAAAGUUGAUCUUCUAUUUUCAUUUUUGGAGAAGAGUUUUUAAAAUUCCAUUUCUAGUAAGUAAAAAUGUUGUGUCUUUUAGCUGCUAUAUUGAUACUACUUAUUCAUACUUGGAAAUUUCAUACAUGGCAGUAACCUUGAAAAAUGCUUUAAACCACUAAACUUUACAACUCUAGUAGAAGGCUUCCAAAUGUUAAGUAACUGUUUACUUAAGUGGGUGAAAAAUGAAAGGCAAUUUUCCAUGUCAUUUUCAAGUAUGGAUGCAGAUGUGUUCAUUACUUGCUUGGUUUCCUAAGGCAUGUCACUGGUCACUCCACAUGCAAAGGAAUCUGAUUUUAGGUCCUUGUGUUCAAGUACUAGGAGUAUAAUAAUCUCAGAAUAAAUUUAUUUUAGCUGUGAUGGAUUUUUGUAGUUGGAUGCUCCGUGGAGACUUCUGUGACUACAGAAGCAGAGAGAGAUCAGCAAUGAUGCAGAUGUUCCAAAGGAGCUGUCCAUUUUAACCUAAUGCACUAGUGUGAUAAGCUGUACUGUUGUAUUGUGUACUAAACACAAUGUAUUGUGUACUAAACACAAUGUAUUUUAUCACUGGAAAUGUUGAUUGUUUUUUCCUAAUCUUAAUUUACAAUGUUUGAGGAUUAAAGUGUUAUGAACAGAGUAAGUGAUUUAAUGGUGACAUAAUGUUAUUCAUCUUUAUAUGUCUGUAAUUCUUCACCCUUCGGUAGACUGUAAUAUGUUUGGCAAUAACAAGCUGUCGGGUUUUUCACUGAGGGGUGGAUUUAUGUUGUUGAUUAUAAAUGCUAAUCAUUCCAAAUGGACAAAUAAAACACUUAAAAACA